GUUUAUGGGGGCGUUAACGAGCGGUUUUCGAAGUUAUCCUUUACCAAUAUCAUCUCAACACGAAUUUCAUGAGUAUCAGGGAUUUUGCAAAUUUUGAACUGAACAAAAAUGGAAAAGCGAAUUGGACAUAGAAUUCAACGUAACAAAAAGUUUAACAAAGCUAGUUCCGGCGGUGGAAUGGUUUCUUUCCACGAUGUAGAAUUUAGCUUGGAGUCGCCAUUGGCUUCGUCCCGUCAUGACAAGGGAACAGUAUCCCCAAAAGGAAUGAAGCCAAAAAAUGCUUCAUUUGGUUUGAGCGAAACUGAGAACAAUUUAUUGUUUGAAAAGAUUCGCAAUGGUGGUCACGCUAAUAGUCGAAAGACAAAACCAAAUGGCGGGAAUUCUGGUGGUCCUCGCAAGAACAGUAAUGGCUCUUCAGGCCGCGGGAAAAAUCAAAGUCCAGGGAAGAAUGAGCACCAUAACUAUUUGAAUGUGGCAAAUGGUGCUGAAGAAUACUUGAACGGUUGUUUUACCCUGCCCAAGCCUCCAAAUAGCGCGAAGUCUACUGGUUCUUCUAGUACGUCUUCCUCCGAACUUAAUUCUUCUCUUUAUGCUGGUCCUACUUUUACCCAUUCUCCUGCCGCUUCUAAUCUCCCUAUCCCUACGUUCCUUAAUGCAUCUGAUGCCACUGAGAAGCCUGAAUCUGUCUCGUCGUUGACUACAGUUACUUCCCCUUUUCCUAGUCAACAAGCAUAUGCUUCUUUAUCUCCCACUCCUUCCCAGGACUUUCCUGCCGUGACCCAUGUACCUGUAACCAACCAGGGUUGGUACUCUCCUCCCGUGAGCGGACGCUCUGUGUCUGAUAAUCAUAUUAAUAAUCAUGCUGUUCCCAGUAUGGUUCAUUGUUCUUCUACGCCUCCUUUGCAGGAAGGGAUUCCUAUGUUUGAUCAUGCAUCUUAUAGACAAAUCUCACCCUCUCGCUUUCAAUCUAAUUCCCACGCUGAUGGCUUGCAUUGCCAUUCCACUUCAGCUUUAGAUUUGCUAUUUCAUCGUGACCGUGAACAGCGUCUUUUUCGCAUGCUCCAUCAUGGAAGUGCUUGAGAAUGUGUUCGUCUCACGUGUAUAGUUAUUUUCUUUCAUUCUUACUUCAUUCUUGUUUUGCACCGGUUUUCCUGGUACAGUCCCCAUGUUACUUACCAUCUGCUUCCUUAAAUCCUUUUUGUACAUCUCUUCCUUUGGUUUUAGUUGUUGCCGUGUUCGGUUAUUCAGCAAGACCUCCGCCAACGAAAAACACUCCAGAAAUGACCUCUGUUUUCUAUAUUAUUCUCGUCGCCGAUGUUCCUGUUAUUUUUGGAACGAACGAGUGGUUUUUCUUCAAGUCUUUUGGUUUGCGAUGUUUCACUUAAUAUCUGUGUCGCGUCUUUUUCUAAUUUUUUUGCGGAGUCGUUUACGAUUGUUACGAAUUAAUAGAUUGGUUCUUUACGACGGGACUCAUUAUUUAUUCCUUAUUUCGUUAUGUUCAUGUACGAUGUUGAUAUUGUGCUACAUAGUCGGGUUUAUACUCGGUCAGCCGUAUAUACUAUCAAGCAUCUUUUGAACACAUUGACGACUCUUUUUUCUCUUGUCUCCUUAUGUCAUUUUUGAUCCGUGAGGGGGUUUUGUUUUGGCGUGUAUAUUUCUAGAUUGAUUGGAUCUUCCUUAAUAUUCUUCCAAUGAAUUUGGUUUAUGAGAUUCUUUGCUGUUUUAAUUAUUCUGACUGGUUUUUAUGUGUUUUAAUUAAUUCAUUCUUAGAGCCUUGAAUGAGGCUAGCUUUUUUAUAUUUAACUAUCCUCAUUUCUUCGUUCUUUUUUUUGUUUUCCUCUGCUAUUUUUAUACCCAUCAAAUGAAUAAUCGCAUUUUGGCAUAUGUUUGAUGGAGGUUAAAAAUAGUUCUUAUUACGUUUUUUUAAUUCCUUCUUACUUCCUUUUCCCGUGGAUACCAGCGGCCUUUUGAUAAAUUAAAACGUUCAUCAAAGGAUUAGCUGUUUUUUUUUCAAGAUGAUUAUGGUCAGUCAUGUGAUGAAUAUCACGAGGGCUGUAAUUCAAUUCCUUGCUGGAUAUUACUUUUAUAUUUGGCAAAAGGAGGUGAACGAAGGUAGAGAUUCUUUCUGUGGUAAUGUUUUUACACUUUUAAAGAAGUCUACUGCAGAUAUUAUUAUUCAUCAUCCGAACAUGCAAUUUUCUUGCAUUCCAACUCCGCUUUGGAUUUUCCUUGAAGUUAUUUUGAUUGUUAUUAGCAAUUGGAAAGCUUCUUUCCCUUCGAAAUGUAUGUAUUUAAUGUUGUAUCAUCAAUGAUAUAAGCAUUGGAUAUUUUCGUUCGAAUUGUUAGCUUAAAUGUUUCUUUUACUGUUCUCCUGUCAAAGGACCCGGUCUGCUUUCAGCGAAUUUUCGGAAGUAGUCAUCUGCAGUGAAUAAAAGCAUUUCCAACAUAUUGAAUUUGCGUGUGUGACAUGAGUAAGACAGUAAUACGGUUAUGCAACAGUUAAUGUAGAGCAAAGCAAAAUUGAAAAUAUCUAACUACCACUUGAGUAGCAGCCUGA